AUGUUUGCCUCUCGUCGUUCCCUCGCCGUGUCGGUCUUGUGCUUCUGGCUGGCCAUCCGCUCGGCACCCGCCACCAACACAAGCAGCAGCAGCCUCUUCUAUCAGCGUGCCGAGCCAGCUGCCGACGGCAAUGAGGGCGAGGAGGGUGAGGGUGAGGGCGUGCCUGUCCACGUCCACGUUCAUGUGUCCGCCCCGCCCGCCGCCGUGCCGUCGGCUGUGGCGCCUGACAGUGUGGCGCACAUGGCCGAGGCGCUGGCCGCUCAAGACAAGGACGAGGCCGACGCCGAGAAGCGACAGGCCCGCACACUCGAGGCCAAACUGACAAUCGACGACAAAAAGGACACCAUCGACGCCGAAAAGGACGCACUCAGGUCACUCACAAACACACACAGACACAUCCAUGUCUCCAUCUCUCUCUCUCUGUGUCUGUGUGUGUGUUGCUGUCAGGGCUGAGCGUCGUUUGGUGUCUGCGGCAGCCCGUGUGGCGGACGAGGAGAGCGCCGCUCGAGACGCCAUCGAGGGCGAGCACCAGACGCAGGAGACGCUCGAGCGCAACGAACAAGAGACAGACAAGAACGUCAAGGCCGCAAUCGCACAACUCAAACACGAGGCAUCAAUGGCACACACAUAGGGAGAGGAGGGAGACACACAUAUGGAUGGAUGUGUGUGUCAUGUAUGUGCAGGAGGGCGAGUUGCGUGUGGCUGACAGUCGUUUGAAGGAGGCCAAGGACAAGGAGAGGGACCUCAUGCAGGCCGCCCAGCAGCCGACUCCCACCACCACCAGCACACACAAGGCGCCCCACCCAAGCAGCAAGCGGGCCGCAGACGGAGAGAAGGAGGGCGGGACGGCCGCAGAGCAGGAGGCACUCAAGGCACUCAAGGACACGGAGGUGAGCAGGCGGAUUGGUGCAUUCAGCUGUGGUCAAUGGAUGGAUAGAUGUGUGUGUGUGUGUCAUAAGGUGUCCGAGUCGAGUGAUCCGUGUGAAGUGCUGGAGAGCAUCAAGCCGCACGCGGCACACCGAUUCAGAGCACACGCAACGCACUGAUGCAUCAAUCAUCACACAGACGCA